AUGAUCCAAGUCGAUGUUUGGGCUUCUGAAGGUCCUCACAUCAAUGACAUCGGAGAAAUGCCGUCCAUCUACCAGUACGUGGUCUAUUUGGGAAAAACUCACAACGCACACAUUUGCAUCCGUGGCACACUGUUGAUCACUAGACCAAAUGGAGGGGGAUAUACUGCAGUAUCAAGUGCUUCAAAGCACUGCCAGCCAGUAACGGACGCGUGUCCUCCCUACCAUCAGAACUUGAUCUUCGAACAACCGCUACUGAGGCUUGAUCCCGAUCUGCACGAACUUUUAAAUGCACUUGCUACUGGUACUGCCGCUGCUGGUGCUGCUGCUGCCGAAUCCCGAUGGAUCAACUCAGACCCUGAAACUCGCGAACUGCAUCGACCGAGAACCGCCGUUAGAGUGGAAUGUUGCAGUCUGUUGAAAUCUGGUCUUAUUGAAAUUUUUCGACCUUGCUGGGGCUCUGUAUUUUGGACAGCGAUUACGACGACGACGACGACGAUGAAGAGAAUGAUGAUGAUGAUGAUGAUGACAACGACGACGGCAACGACCACAACGACGACAAAGACCGCGCGAGCUGGACGACCCACCAGUUCCUCCUUGGUGGGAAUGGGGAAGGUCAGCGCGGUGUCCGCUGAUCUGCUGGCGAACGAAUGCAAAAGACCCUCUUGAAGCUGCCCGGUACAUGCUAGAAGCGGGCGGGCGGAACGAAAGCUGCGCUUGUUGAUAUCAAAAGUUUGGCAAUGGUGCGUCGUCUUGUUUGCAGGGGUAGGCUGCACUCCUAACUGCUCCACCGAACCACCGGCCGUUGGUCGACGACUUUAAUUAUAUCUAUAAAUAUUGAACAAACGUGUAUGAGUGUACGCCACAGGCUGGACACGAGCUGGAAAGAUUGUGUAUCGAACUGAUCGCUUUUGUAGCGCACGGCGACGACGAUGAUGGUGCGGCGAUGAUUGGGAAUGGCAGAAAUACUA